AUGCUUCCUCCCGAAACGGUACGCAACGACGACGACAGCGGCUACUCCGACAGUGAAGACGAAGACGACCCUUCCGAAGAUUGGCCUGAAGUCCACGACAAGAUCAGAUCGACAAUCGCUGAAUUAGGUGGAAAGGUAGUCCCAAAGCUUAACUGGUCUGCACCAAAGGACGCCACGUGGAUGUCGAGCACGAAUGAUAUGGAAUGCAGGACGCCGAAUGAGAUUUAUCUUUUACUCAAAUCGUCGGAUUUCAUCACGCAUGACUUAGAGCAAGCGUUUGACGGGUGUAUCGAUACGGCAGACGUACCUUACCACCUCAUUCUUCGCAAAUCAUUCAAUCUCAAUCCAUCGUUGGAGUUUCGGUGUUUUGUCCGGAACAAGAAGCUCAUUGCUAUCACUCAGCGCGAAAUGAACCACUUCCAGUUCCUCUUCGACUUGAGAAGCGAAUUCAGCUUGAAGAUUGAAGAGUUCUUCGAAGACAUAUUGAAGGACUUUCCAGACUCUAAUUUCACCUUUGAUGUGUAUCUACCUCCACCGCACGAUCGAGUAUGGCUCAUCGACAUCAAUCCAUGGGCACAACGCACAGAUCCGUUGUUGUUUUCGUGGCUGGAAUUAUUGACAAUGGAUGAACCGGAAGAUGAGGAGUUCGUGCCAGAGUUCAGUGCUCACAAAUUACCUAAGGAUGUGGUGGAUGCUGGCUCGACUCCAGGUGGGAUGAAGGGAAUUAUGGAAGAGUGGAAGAGAGUCAUGAAUGGUGAGGGAUUGGAUGAUUCUGAGGACGAGACAGUGUGA